AUGUUAACUGUGGACGUUAGUUGUUAUCCAGGAAAGAGCAAUGCCAAGAGAUUAACUAUGGACCUUAGUUGUUAUCCAGGAAAGAGCCAUGCCAAGAGAUUAACUAUGGACCUUAGUUGUUAUCCAGUAAAGAGCAAUGCCAAGAGAUUAACUAUGGACCUUAGUUGUUAUCCAGGAAAGAGCCAUGCCAAGAUGUUAACUGUGGACGUUAGUUGUUAUCCAGAAAAGUGCCAUGCCAAGAGAUUAACUAUGGACCUUAGUUGUUAUCCAGGAAAGAGCAAUGCUAAGAGAUUAACUAUGGACCUUAGUUGUUAUCCAGAAAAGUGCCAUGCCAAGAGAUUAACUAUGGACCUUAGUUGUUAUCCAGGAAAGAGCAAUGCUAAGAGAUUAACUAUGGACCUUAGUUGUUAUCCAGGAAAGUGCCAUGCCAAGAUGUUAACUGUGGACCUUAGUUGUUAUCCAGGAAAGAGCCAUGCCAAGAGAUUAACUAUGGACCUUAGUUGUUAUCCAGUAAAGAGCAAUGCCAAGAGAUUAACUAUGGACCUUAGUUGUUAUCCAGUAAAGAGCAAUGCCAAGAUGUUAACUGUGGACCUUAGUUGUUAUCCAGGAAAGAGCCAUGCCAAGAGAUUAACUAUGGACCUUAGUUGUUAUCCAGGAAAGAGCAAUGCCAAGAGAUUAACUAUGGACCUUAGUUGUUAUCCAGGAAAGAGCCAUGCCAAGAGAUUAACUAUGAACCUUAGUUGUUAUCCAGGAAAGAGCCAUGCCAAGAGAUUAACUAUGGACCUUAGUUGUUAUCCAGGAAAGAGCCAUGCCAAGAGAUUAACUAUGGACCUUAGUUGUUAUCCAGGAAAGAGCAAUGCUAAGAGAUUAACUAUGGACCUUAGUUGUUAUCCAGGAAAGAGCCAUGCUAAGAGAUUAACUAUGGACCUUAGUUGUUAUCCAGGAAAGAGCCAUGCCAAGAGAUUAACUAUGGACCUUAGUUGUUAUCCAGGAAAGAGCCAUGCCAAGAGAUUAACUAUGGACCUUAGUUGUUAUCCAGGAAAGAGCCAUGCCAAGAGAUUAACUAUGGACCUUAGUUGUUAUCCAGGAAAGAGCAAUGCUAAGAGAUUAACUAUGGACCUUAGUUGUUAUCCAGGAAAGAGCCAUGCUAAGAGAUUAACUAUGGACCUUAGUUGUUAUCCAGGAAAGAGCCAUGCCAAGAGAUUAACUAUGGACCUUAGUUCCUUAGACCAGUGGUCGACGUUCGUGAUAGACAUCUUCAGGAAGCCACCAUCCAAUACAAACCUCGGGUUUAAUAUCUCUGUCGUGGUGAUUGCUGUAGAAGGUGGUCGUUAUGAUAUAUCGAUCAAUAUUUCAUAA